CAGGAACCAGGACAAUCAUUAAUCGGAUUCUUGACAUUCUUUGGCCCCAGGUCGGCUUGGGAAGCAUGCUCCCCGGAAGAGGAGGAGCAGAGUCCCACGACUGGCAUUUGGACAUGCAGCUGGCAGGCAAGGUGGUGCUGUCGGCCGCCGCGCUGCUCCUGGUGACCGCAGCCUACAGGCUGUACAGGUUGAGGCCCGCCCGGGCCCUGCUGGGGGACAGGAACUCCAAGGCCGAGGAGAAGGCCGAGGGCUCUGGGCAGCCGGCGGACCCGGGGGCCGUUCCUGGGGCACCACACCAGGCUCUGAGACGCCGGAGGGGAAGCAAGGGGGCCGGAGCGCCGCUGGGCUGUGGCUGGGAAAGUCAGGGGGGCUCCCGAGUCCCGGCAACAGGACGCUCUCCCGAAGACGCAGAAGCCCAAGAGGUUCGGGAGCGCGAGAAGAAGGGCGCUGGUGUGGAAGCGGGUGGGCAGGGCCUUGUCUCUGAGCUGGCACCUCCUCGCUGCAGUGGCCAGGAAGCCGGAACAGCUGUUGGUGGUAAGCCCGAGCCGCCCCACCACCCCACGGUGGGCGAUGAAUUCCAAAGCUCCCCACCUGGCCUCGCUGCGGCAGAGGGGAGCAGGGUGGGCAGGGCGCCUACUCCAUGGCGGGACGGCGGACCCCCGGGACAGCCAGGGCUCGGGGAGCAGGAGUCCCCCGCCACGAGCCUGAUGGCCCACACGGAAGGCGAGAGUGACAUGAACAGGAGCUGGGUCUUUCCUCGCAACAGGGGGGUCCACGGGGAAGAGGCCGGUGCCCUCCAGGCGGCCGUGGACAUGGGCCUGACCCUGCACCAGCGGGAGGGAGCCGCCAGUGCCUCCUAUACCUACUCGUCUGUGUCCCGGGUUCGCGUGGAGGAGAACUUCAUUCCUGAGAAGGUGCAGGGGAUGGGGCCCAGGCUGAAGGGCAAGGUGUACGAUUACUAUGUCGAGUCCACUUCCUGGGCCACCUCCAAGGGCCGGCUGGCCCCCAGGACAGCCGCCCCGGCUGAGGCUCCACUCCCCGGGCCCCUGCCAGGCGCCCCGGGAACAGAGGCCGCUUCAGGAGGCCGGGAAGGUGGAGCCGAAACGCCCACCUCCUCCCAGCCGGGGCCGUCGCCCCCCACGCAAGGCUUCGGCAGGAAGGAGAGCCUCCUCCGGAUCAUGGAGAACCCGGAGCUCCAGCUCCAGCUCGAGGGCUUUGGGGCCCCCGCUCCGUCCUGCCCAGACCAGAGCGCCCCGCCUGGCCACCCCCUUCCCCAGGCUUCUCUUGGGUCCAGCUCGGCCGGAAGCAGCCGGGAGGCCCACGUGCAGCUGGUGGCGGGGACCAACUUCUUCCACCUCCCGCUGGCCCCCGGCUCAGCGCCAGACGUGCACCUGGAUCUGGGCAACUGCUACCAGGUGCUGACCUUGGCCAAGAAGCAGAAGCUGGAGGCGCUGAAGGAGGCGGCCUACAAGGUGAUGAGCGACAACUACCUCCAGGUCCUGCGCAGCCCGGACAUCUACGGGUGCCUGAGCGGGACAGAGCGGGAGCUCAUCCUCCGGCGCCGCCUGCGGGGCCGCGAGCGCCUGGUGGUGGCGGACGUGUGCCCCCAGGAGGGCUCGGGCCGACUCUGCUGCUACGACGAGGCGCAGGACGCCUGGCACCCGCUGGCCCGCCUGCCCCCCGAGGCGGUGUCCCGAGGCUGUGCCCUCUGCAGCCUCUUCAAUUACCUCUUCGUGGCGUCCGGUUGCCGGGGGCCCGGGCACGAGCCCUCCAACCGCGUCUUCUGCUACAACCCGCUGACCGACAUCUGGAGCGAGGUGUGCCCGCUGAACCAGGCCCGGCCGCACUGCCGGCUGGUGGCCCUGGACGGCCACCUGUACGCCAUCGGCGGCGAGUGCCUGAACACGGUGGAACGCUAUGACCCGCGCCUGGACCGCUGGACCUUUGCGCCGCCGCUCCCCGGCGACUCCUUCGCCCUGGCGCACACGGCCACGGCGUGUGCGGGCGACGUCUACGUCACGGGCGGCACCCUGCGCUACCUGCUGCUCCGCUUCUCGGCCCGGGAGCAGCGCUGGCGGGCCGGCCCCACGGGGGGCGGCAAGGACCGCACGGCCGAGAUGGUGGCCGUCAACGGCUUCCUCUACCGUUUUGAUCUCGACCGCCGCCUGGGCAUCAGCGUCCACCGCUGCAGCGCCAGCGCCCGCCUCUGGUACGAGUGCGCCACCUACCGCACCCCGUACCCGGACGCCUUCCAGUGCGCCCCGGUGGGCGACCUCAUCUACUGCGUGGGGCGCUGGCGCUCGCUCUGCUUCCUGGCCGACCACAUCUCGCCCAGGUUUGUGCCCAAGGAGCCACGGAGCUUCCCCUCCCCGCGGGGCACCCUCCUGCCCGCCGUCCUGACCCUGCCGGUCCCCGACGCGCCUCAGACCAGGGUCUAGCAACUCCCCCCCUCCCCCCCCGCUGGACAUCUGCUGCCAAACUGGGAAGCAAAAAGCACCCCUGCCCGCCACUCCGUGAGCCAUCUCUGGGCGAGCAGGCAGCUCGGGAAUUCCGCCCGCGCGAGGUGAAUGCUAACCCUACCCCCUCCGCUGGCCGGGGCCUCGGAUGCGUCUUUGCUGUCCGCGGGGUGUGCAGGCGCCGUGUGAAAAUAGAACCAGGGCCCGGCGUUGCUGAGGGCGGCACCGUGUGCGGGGAUGAGUGUCACCUUGCUUCAAAUCUGAAUUCUUGGGGGAAGGGGUAUCAGGACCCCGCCAAAGUCCAGGGGCACAGCCUUACUGCAACCACAGUUCAGGUGCCAGCGGACCCCCAUAGGGUGG